CGGGGACACCCCCGCACACCAGCCCCGUCCCGCGGGGCCCGCAGCCGGAUGCAGGUGUCAGCUGCGCCUCGGUGCCGUUCGCUCGCCCGCCCGGGGGGGUUAUAGCCAGCGCUCGCCUUCCCCCCGGCGCUUUGGGCUCGGGAUGCGGCCGGUGCUGGCGGCGUGGCUGAGCCUCAGCCUGCUGGCGGGGACGGCGGCGCAGGGUUCGUGCGGGGAUCCUCCCGCAGCCGCGUCCCGCUCCAUCCCCGCGCCGCAGCUCAGCCCCGAGGAGCGGCUCUCGCCCCACAUGCCCGAGGCCCUGCGCUGCGACGCCUGCCACGCCAUCGCCUUCCAGAUUGAGGAGCAGCUGAGCAGGGCGGAGGGGAAGGUAGGCAGGAAGGCGCUGAGCGAGUCCGACUACAUGGAGGUGCUGGAGAGGAGCUGCUCGCAGGGCUGGGAGAGCUACGGGGUGCAGGAGCUGGACGGGCAGAAGCGGCUGGCGGGGCCGGGGCUGCCCACACAGGAGCCCAUGAGCGUGAUGGUGAUGGGGGGGCCGUGGCCGGGCAGGCUCUCCAAGAUGUGCCACAGCUACGUGGGCGAGCGGGGAGAGGCGCAGAUCUACGGGGCGCACCGUCGGGGCCCGGCGGCCGUGCGGGAGCUGCUGUGCCACGGGGACAAGGGAGCUUGUGCCGGCGGCAAGGCCGGGGGGGCUGCCCCCCGCAAGGCGCUGCAGAACGAGCUGUAGCCCCGCUUUGCUGUUAAUGCUUAAAUGCCUCGCCGACCUUCGGAGCCGACUUCGUCCCCGGCGGGAGCCGCGGCGGCCCCGGGAGGUGGGAACUGUCCCGCUGUCGCCCGUCACCGCCCCCCGACGGUGCCAACAGCCGCCGGACCCCGCGAGCGCGGGCAGCACUUUGUAACCCCUCGGCUCUAAUGUUUCACUGCUGGGCGGUGGGUGUCAGCCCUAAUUAAAGGAGUUAAUAGCUGACCUGA